CGGCGUAAAUGUUAUAGCUAAUAUUGUAAAGGAAAGUUAUUGAUAUUACGACUUAGGCGAAUAGGGGUAAUGUUUAGGGAUUAGAUUGGAAAGUACGCUCAUCCUUCAACCUAUCCUAAUCUGUAAAUAACUAUAAUAUGUACUUUUCUUCAAUUCAAUCAGCAGUAAUUUCCUAUAAACACUAAUAUAUAUACAUUUAUAAACUGCACAUACGAAAUAUAUGAACUGCUACGUUCAAUAUCUAUUGUAUGUUACUAAGGGUAACUAGCCUGGUUAAUGGCCUCACACAGCUAUUUUCACUGUUAAAGUAUAUUAAUAGAAUCUAAAUUUUGUUGUUUUUCCACAGUUGAUACAUUAUUAUAUAAUACAAAUGAUGGAAAAUGAUAUUGCGUAUUGUAAAUUGUAUAGAAUGGUUUAAGAAUAUAAGCAAUUAAAAAAAAAUACAUCGAAACCAUAUUUUUAUAGAUUCUGCUGAAGCAAUUUAUCUUGUUUUUUUAUUGUAAUUACUCCUUUCUUGGAUUAAAGUCAGUGUUUUUUGGAAUACCUUAAAAACCAUACUAUAAAUAUAAGAAUGGAUGCAUCAGAAGGUCCUGCUCCUCCUACUACCGAUAAAUUGGAGGCUGAAGGUAUUGAAUCGGCAAAAGAAGAUUCAAAUCAGGAAAAGGAAAUUGUUCCUGAGGAAGCGAACAAACCUUCCAAAGAAGAUUCAAAUCAGAAAAAGGAAAUUGUUCCUGAGGAAGCGAACAAACCUUCCGAAGAAGAUUCAAAUCAGAAAAAGGAAACUGUUCCUGAGGAAGCGAACAAACCUUCCGAAGAAGAUGAAGGUGCAAAUACACAACAAUCUGUUGAAGAAAAGGAAAGUAACAAACCGACUGAAGAAGGUGAAAAUGUAAUACUUGCUACUCCCGAAGAAGCAGUAAAAAAAGAUAAAACGAAAUCAAAAGGGAUUAAACAACACGGUGUUCUUAAAACACGAAUUACACCACAAAAAUUUUCGACACUUCCUUCGAAACAACCAGAGGAGUUUGCAGCAGCAGAAAUAACUGAUAGUUUGCUAACAAACCCUGUUAUAUUUUCGUCAUCGAAAGUGUGUAUUCACGCAAUUUUAAGCGAAAAUCCACAUAAUUUGCUUAGAACUACUUCACUAUUGAGGAUGAGUUUUACCACAGUCAACGUGACGAAUCUUUCAACUAUAAACGAUUUAUUCUUCUAUUAUGCACUCCCAAACGAUGAAGAAUCACAAGCAAAUACGAAAUUAACUGAACUUAAACUACAUGGCUGUAGUUCAUUAACUGAUUGGGCUAUUUAUUGGAUAGUGAAGAAUAAUUCAAAAAUGUUGAUAGCAAAUAUUCACCUUUCAAACUGCGAAAAGCUAGCUUCCUGGACCCUUUUCGAACUUAGUUCCAUAAUGAGAAGUCCUUCGACUUGGAGUAAAAACAAGUAUCUGAAUUUAGAUGCUGUAGCUAUUCCCAGUCGAGAAAUGCUAAAAUUUACCGUAAAUAUGAGAUCUCUUGACCCAUAUGUUGAUCCUCUGGAAUUAGUUACAAUAAAAAGCGAAACGAAACGAUACGAUCUUACUGCUUCUCACAAAAAACGAUCUGUGAGGGAGAAAAAAAUUGUCAUUGUACACUUUAGAUCAAUGUAUGAAGGACCGUUUGAGGAAAGAAAAUGGCCUAGAUUUGACCUAAAACAUUAUCUUUUGAAGUCUGAAAUUAAAUUUCAAGAUUUCGAUUCAUUUCGCUCUUUCGAAAUAGACUCGGCCAUUUAUUACGAAUGUUCCGAGGAAUUCCUACCUCUAAUAUCUACUGAUAAAUGUUUGAUAAUAGUACCGAUAUGUAAAAAUUUUGAUCAGAACAGAAUUAUCGAUGCUUGUAGCAAUAUCGUAGAAUAUAUGAUAACCAAAAAAUUACUUCCGCGACAUUUCCCCUUGAUUAAUUUCUGGGAGGUUCUAGAAAAAAGUAAUAUACCUACCGCAGUCCUUGUUGAAGAACAGGUGAAAGAAAAUAGUGAUGCAGAGUUAAGUGAUGAUUCUAGUAAUGAAGAAGAACUACAAAUUGAUCGCAAUGCACCAAAAAAAGUUAAUUCAAUAUCAGAGAAGUUAAAAGGAAGAAGAGAGGAAAUGCAAAACGUAAUACGGCGGAUAACAUUAGAUCAUUUGGCAAAUAUGGAUUUCAAAGAUCAACGUAAUUUACAUAAUUAUUUGGCUCUGUCUGAGGUUUUAAGCCAAAAUGAGCUUUAUUCCUACUCAAAUCUUCAGCCUCAGUUGAUAAAUUUUCAAAAGGACUUAAGUUCUUCAAAGUCAUUAUCAACAGUGAUUUCCAAUUUGGCGGUUAAUUUAACUUCUUCUAGAGGAUAUCUCAAGACUACAUGCCCUAAUGUUGAGUCGUUACGAGAUAAACUUGCGAAGAUGACAAAGACAAAGAGUGAGUUUAUUUCACUAGACGAAAUUGUUAAAACUAUUCCAGUUGAUUCAUUUGGCCAAGACGCACCUGCUAUUAAUUCAAGGAGGAUUAUCCGUCGAGAUAUCCUAGAUUUUAGAUUUCAGUAUAAUGAAAUAGCUUUGGAUAAUACAUACAGUACAGAUAUUGCUAUGGCGAUGUAUCGGUUUCCCUACUUCAAGGCUGUGCAAUUUCUCGACAAGAUCGGUCUCAUUUUGCUCGUAAAGUCACUUUUCUAUGAAGAUUAUCACAUUGUCUGCCGACAGUGGUUGUCGAAAGUUCUCGAAACCCUUAAAGCAAACUCCAAGCCAUGUCAAGAUGAUCUUAAAGGAGAGUAUUACUUCUUAACAAAGGAUACUCCAAUUUGUACGAAUAUGACAAAAGCGUUUGCUGAAAGCAGUCAUCUAUUGACUAGGAAAGAAAUUAAUUUGAAUAAGAAUAUUUUUUGUCAAUUGGGAUUAGUAUUAGAUUUAUCUCCAAAUUGCUGUGUCCUUUCAAACGAUUUACCCGAACCGGAAGCUGCGUAUGAAAAUUGCAAAAAUUUAAAGGAAGCUACCUCAGUCAUUCUGAACUAUCAUAUUUGCAGUCAACUUUAUACAGAUGAACUACACAGAUUAUUGUUGUACUUGGUUACCUCAGUGUACAAAAUUGGGCAUCCAUUUGGUUACCUGGUUCAGCUCAGAAAGGGAAGAAUUGUUCUUCAUGAUGGUCCAGUAGAAACUUGCAUUUCUUUUGAGGGAAAUUCUGAUGUAGAAGUAAUAUGUUCUACUCUUGACUUCCCAGAGGCGCCAUCAUUAAUAGCUGGCUUUUUAUUUGAAAUAGCAACAAUUAUUGAAUUUGCAUUUUACAGGUCGUCAAUAUAUUACAAGAGAACACUAGAUAGUCCAUGGGGCAGCGAACUAAACUAUGAUGAUGAGAAGAACUUAUCGUUUUUUAAUAACUUUAAAGUAUUUUAUACAUCGUUUAAAGAUGUAAGAGAAGAGAAUUCAUUAAGAACGCAUUUAAUUUGGAAAAUGUGUAAGGAACUUAAUCCAUCUUCUAUGGAUGAUAUAUACUUUACUGAUGAAGAAAAUUCAAAGUUUACUUUGAGAACAAUGAAUAUUAAUCCCAACAAAGAUUAUAAAAUAAAGAAAUACUUUUGUAAAACAUUAAUGGAUCCGCUAUUUUUCCAUACAUUCAAAAUAAGACCAAUAACUGUUAAACACAGUAUACUUCUAAUAUCAGAAAUGAAUACGGUACAGUUUCUAUUCGACACUGUAAAUCAUGGAUACGAAAUAUCUUGGAAGAAUAAUCGAGAAAGAAUACAAAGGAAAAUGUAUUAUGCCGAAUUAUCAUUUUUAAAGAUUCAAUUAUUAUAUAAACAUCAUCCGAAAAAUCAUUUCCACGUGAAUAGUGACGAAAUUGAAAUGAAAAUUUCUCUUGAUAAUGUAGUUACUGAUUGUAUAGACGUUCCUAAAGAUUAUUAUCAAUUGAUUAUACAAACUAGAGAGGAUUUGGCUGCGAAUAGCGAUAUAGAUUUUACUUUUGCUCCAAAGAUUAACUACGAAUUAGCCCCAAAUAAAAUUGCGGUUGGACAAAAGUUUCAAGUAAUGGCUGAGAAAGAAGAUAAAUCUAUUAAGGCUACUAUUGCUACGAUAUGUGAUAUCUGUUAUGAUAAAAAAGAGCUUAAAAUAAGCCAUUGUUGGCUUAAAGAACAAUUCAAAUGGGUAGAUUUAAAAUCACUGUCGUUGCUGAUAUUAAAAGAAUACUGCAAAAAUAUCUUUAUAGAUACUACUGAUAGAGAACUUGAUUGGGAAGAGUUCAUCAAGUGUAUGGCGUUCGAACAAAUUCCUAAAGAAGUUAUUAAGAAAUUAAGUGAACCGGAUAUAAACAAACGAUUUACCGAGUUGGUUGCGCAACCUUAUUCAGAAAAUAAAAAUCUAGCUAGGGACUUCAUUGAGAAAAAGGGGCGUCUUUCUCGAAGUAUUAAAGAUUUAAUAACAGUAGCUCAAUAUCCAAUUGGUUUUCUAAUGAGGAAUGAACUGAGAGAUACAUGUUUACCCUUUCUAUCGGAUAUAAUAAAAAGUAAAACGCUAAUACCGUAUGCCUUCUGCUACGAAUCAGAGGACAAUAAUCAUCGUACCAAGCAUAUCAUUAAAAGUGCAGGUCAGACUCAAGAAUAUAGUCCCCAAAUGGAAAAUUUAUCGUUUAUAGUGUUUUCUAAUUGGAAGUUUGAAGAUCAUGAAAUGAGAGAUUGUACUUGUGAAAUGGCUCAGCUAUUAUUCUAUUUUUCAUUUUUGAUUAUAAAAUGUUUAUCUACAACAAAGAAAAUUGAUAAGUCUGAAGAAUCCCCAAGUGAAAAAUGGAGAAAAUGCUUUUCCUAUUUCUCAAACGAACGAAAAUACAUAAAGAUAGGUGAACGAAAGAUAAUUUGUAAUUUUCAUCAUUCUUUAAAUCAGAAAGUUGUGGAUAUACCAAAGGAAGAGUUAACUACGUUUGUUAAUAGCUCAAUAACAGCGUUAAAAUUGCAUGGUAUCGAUAUAGAAGAUAUACCACAAGAGCUAAUUUCAUUAGCACCAACAAUUUCACACUUAGAAGUGACAGAGUGCUCUGCUUUAAAAGCAUUUCCAAUGAUAAUUUGUGCAUUUAAGCGAUUAACAUAUUUAAAUUUAUCUUCCCUACCUAUAAAUUCUCUGCCCGACGAAUUGGCUGAACUAAAUAAUUUAGAGGUCUUAAUUAUAUCAUAUAACGUUUUUAGUAUAUUUCCAUUGGUCAUCUUUCGUCUAUCAAAUCUGAUUACACUCAAAUUUAACGCUUUUGGUUAUAUGCCGGAUAGAAUCAAUAAAUCAAUCUUGACGGAUGAUGUUAGACAAUUAGCACAUCAACAUUGGAAGCAUCUUAACAAGUUCAAUUUGGAUAAUAAUGCUUUGGAGGAAUUGAUUAAAGAAACCGCUUUACAGAAUAGUAACUCAUGGACAACGGAAGAGAUGGAGCUGUUUUGCUCUGGAUUAUAUUCUAAAUUACCCAGAAUUUCAAAUUUAAAAUUUAAUAUGUGUAAAGACAAUACGAUUUGUCAAAGCUUAACUGUUUUGGAAUUGCAAUAUCAAAGUUUUCAAGUCUUGGACAGCAGUAUUAAAUAUUUGGUUUCCUUGAAAAUCUUAGAUCUAUCCAAUAAUUUUGUUCUUGAGGAGGUUAGCGCCGAAAUUUGCCAUCUUCCAAUAGAAAUCUUGCGAUUGAAGAAUUGCCCUGCACUAAAAACACCUCCAAGAGAAAUUGUAGUAAAAGGUCUAAAAUUUAUUCAGGGUUAUAUGAGAAGACUAUUACAAGGUUCAACUCAAUGUAGAAGAACAAAAUUAAUGUUGGUAGGUUUGGGAGGUGCGGGGAAAACCAGCCUUAUCAAUAGAAUGAUGAAAGAGAAAUCUGAUGACGAUCGUCAUGAUACUAUAAAUACAACAGUUACUGAUGGAAUUACAAUAAAGAAGUGGCUUGUUCAAUCAGUUGAAUAUUCAAUUUGGGAUUUUGCCGGACAAACAGUUUAUUAUAACACCCAUCAAUUUUUCCUUUCGAAUAGAGCUGUUUAUUUUCUCCUAUGGAAUUGUCGGCUAGGCCAUGAGCACGCUGGUCUUGAAUUUUGGUUAAGUUCUAUUGAAUGUCAUGCUCCGAAAGCUCCAAUUUUUGUUGUGGGCUCUCAUAUAGACGAAGUUGAGAAAGCUGAAUUAACUAUCCAUCAUCUUCAAAGACGAUAUCCUCAAAUCAAAGGAUUCCAUUACGUUUCAUCAAAAACAGGUCAAGGUGUGAAUACACUUGUUGAUAAUAUGGUUGAAGUUACACUACAACAGCAAUACAUGAAUGAAAAGAUACCUAAAAUUUGGUUGGAUUUUGAGAAUAAAAUCAUUGAAUACAGAGUCUUUACCAGUCUUCUCUCGUUGGAAGAAGUUAUUGGUUUUGGGGCAAUGUUUGGAUUUAAUGAUAAAUUUGAGACGUUUCAAGCGAUUCGUUUGUUACACGAGUUGGGAACCCUACAACAUUUUGAAAAUGAAUUUCUAAAGGAUAAAGUAGUCAUCAAUCCUCAAUGGAUUGUCGAUGUGAUGGCUUGCGUCAUUUCCGUUCAUGAUAAUGCCGUAAAAAAUGGAAAACUGUUGCAUUGUGACCUAAAUAAAGUAUGGCCUACCAAUAUUUAUCCAUCCGAACUGCACUAUUGGCUUAUUAGAUUAACGGAAGAAUUUGAUUUAUCAUUUCCCUUAAAAUCAGGAUCGGCUAAUUUAAUUCCUUGUCUCCUUCCAUCAAUUGAUACUGAAACUUUCUGGGAAGGAGAUACCUUGGGCGAACAAGAAGUUCAAACGAAAAUGAUUUACAAUUUCGAUUAUCUUCCAUCCGGACUUUUUAAUAGAGCUCAAGUAAGGCUCCAUCAAUACAGUGAUGAAUUGAAACUAUGGAAAGACGGCUCUCUUCUAAGGAAAAAUAUCCAUAGAGGAUUUAUUAAAAAAACAGACAAAUCAACGGUUUUGGUUGAAGUUCGAGGACCACGACCAGAGAAUAUUUUGUUUAUGGUUCACGAAGUAUUCGAAAACCUAAUUGCAGAAUCUUUUGUCGGAGUAAAAUACGAUUAUCACGUUCCUUGUAGUGAAUGCGUACGUCACGGAUUAUCCGAACCAUCUAUGCUACCGUCUACGAGAAUUCGAAGAGCCUUAGAUUUCAAGAUACCAUUUAUGCAAUGUUAUGAUAAUUUUCAUACCUUAUCCUUAAAUCAACUACAAAAUAUGUUACCUCCAGAAAAUAAUGAAGAUUUUGACUCUCAACUACAAAGCUCAUUAAGAGAUCUUAAAAAGAUGAAAUCAUCUAUUAAAAAUAAUCUUGCUAUUCUUUAUUGUUUGGAAGAUUAUAAAACUACUGCCGAAUCUGGAGAUAUUGUAACUCCGGAGAUGAUACAAGAAAAUUUGGAAGAUACCGAAGUGUCUGUAUCGAGCUACAACGAAGAAUCAGAAAAUCAAGUUGAAGAGACGAUUAUGUCGUUAAAACAAUCGGAUACUAUUAUGGUUUUCAUGACUCAUAAAUUUGUCUGUAAUGAAACUUGUAAACAGCUUUUCCUUUACGCAAAGAAACAAUUUGAUGCUAAGAUACGAUUAGUCUUAAUUGAUAACAAUGAAAAUUGGAAAAAGGAUCCCGAUAUUGGAAUUUUGUGCUCUGAUGCUGUUGUUAUUUUUAUCGACUUGAAUCAAUUUUUUACGAUCUCUUCUUGUAUUUUCAGGUUUAUGUUAAUAUGAAAGAGUUUAAGAAUUUUGAUACAAAAAUGAAAGAUUUGAGGAAAUCUAUUUGUAAAGAAUACGAUUGCGAAAAAAGGCAGGCUCAACCUCAUUGUUUCAUCAGCUACUCGUGGAGCAACUCUAGACAGGCUGUAAAAAAAGGAACGAAAUUGAUAGAAUCCGCUCUUGGCAGGAUUGAUCCCAGGGAUUUAAAAACAAAACUCGAAGAAGCCGGAAUUAGAUGUUGGAUGGAUAUUGAACAAGUUGGUCAAGCUGGUCUUUAUCAGGAUAUUGCGGAAGGUCUCAAAAUGGCUAAAGUUGUGAUUGCAUGCGUAUCGGAAGAGUACGUCACAUCGAAAAACUGCAUUAUGGAAUUUCGUUUUGCAGCUCUAACUUUACGUUUACCAGUUAUUAUCGUUAUUGUUGGAAGUGGUUUGGGAUGGAUUAAAUCUGAAGUCGGGAUGCUUGGAUUAGAUUAUCCUAAAUUCGAUAUGAUUUCUUUGGAAGAAGAUACUAAAAAGAUAAUUGAAUUGAUUAAGGGUUACAUAGAGAACAAAGAAGAUAAACCAAAGAAAUCAUCAUCCAAUAACACUAUAUCAAAAAAGAAAGAAUUUAGUGAACUAUUAGAACUGACUGAAAGGAAGUUUGUUAGAUAUUUAUCCUCUUUUGACAAAGUCUUCUGUCAGGGAAAACUACCUCGUCUACCAGUAAUUGACUUUUUAAAAAGGAAUUCAAACGACUCAAAGGACAAUGACAUAGUGGGAUAUUGUUUCUUUUUCUUGUGCGAAUACGAUGAGGGAUGGCACAUUCCACCGGAAAACAAUAAAAUUGAAUGGGUUAUCGACUGGCAAAGUAACGAAGUUGAUGAUACGUUUAGAAAAUGGUGUGGUUACCUUGCCAAAUUGUAUUUAAUAUUGAAACAAACAGCAAUUCCUCUACUCAUUCUCAAUACGCAAGAGGGAGACGCUAUGGUUGGUAAAGCGUUGAAUUACGCCAAAUCCGUAUUCGAAGAGAAUAAAGAGCUGGACGUUGAGAGCUGCUAUAAUUCGUUAUUAACGUCUAUAAAUAAUAUGGAGGCAAAAAAUCAGCCUAAAAGAACUGCGGUUGAACCUCUUUCUAAAUGUCAAAUGACUAAUGGAAAAUUAGCCUGGCUUUGUAAUAUACAUCAGAAACAACUACGUGUAAAUUUGAUAGAUAACAAAGAAGUUAUUCAAGAACAAACUCCCAUUCAGACAAAAGAUGAACAAUUUUCAAUUGGUAUACUAGAUAAAAUAAAAGAUAGGAGAAAAAGCGUUGAAAUCCGUGGAAAAUUUAAAGGAGCCGAAAUAGCAGUUGAAGGCGCCAACUAUUUAGAGAAAAGAAACGAAAAGAAAUUGGAAUCAAGAGGGAAUACUGAUUCUAAUCAAUCCAUCGAAACUCCUAAGAAGAUGAUGGUUCAGGAGCUUUUGUCCGGUAAUCGAAAGACGAAAAGUCGGGCAUGCCUAAUAAUGUAAUUCUGUCUAGUUUACCAUCAAUAAAUAACUCAUACAAAUUACUCUUUUAAUGUAAUCACAAAUGAUUGCAUGGAUACGACAAACAACCAUCACAUAGAAAUAUCUACAAUACUUGCAAUACUUAGAGAAUAAGGCACUCUAAUUAGUGUUUAUUUCUUUAAUGACACAAAUUUUAUUGUUAUGAAUUUCUUUGAAAUACAAAAAGAUACAUAUUA